AUGACAGAAGAUUACCAGUACCAUGAGGCAGCACGCAGGCACAAAAUGGUAGAUCCGGGCAGGCAGAGAGUGAAUCUACAGUCUGAAGGUUGGGAAAAGGAACAGAAGCAGCAAAGUCUGCAGAGUGAGACUGUGUGGUGUGGUAACAGCUUCUGUUGGGAGAAACUACAGAUGACAACAAGUGAGAGGAGGAAAAUAAUUUGUUCAGUCACAUUCCACAUAAUUGCAAUUACCUGUGUUGUUUGGUCAUUGUAUGUUUUAAUUGAUAGAACCGCUGAGGAAAUCAAACAAGGCAAUGAUAACGGUGUCCUUGAAUGGCCAUUUUGGACAAAACUCAUUGUGGUGGCCAUUGGAUUCACGGGGGGCCUGGUCUUCAUGUAUGUGCAGUGUAAAGUUUAUGUUCAGCUGUGGCGGAGGUUGAAAGCCUACAACAGAGUGAUCUUUGUUCAGAACUGCCCAGACACUGCCAAAAAAAUGGAGGAGAAGAACUCUUCGUGCACUCAGACCCCGGAUGUCAAGGAUGCAGUGGUGGUGCCAGUAGCACAGACAGGUACAAACUCUCAGCCGGCAGCUGAAGAAAUGACACCUGAGGUCAUUCCAGUUUGA